UUACAGGUGGCAGUCUAAUUCAGAUAUUUACUUUUGACAUGUUGACCUUUUGGUGGCUUGACUGGCUACCACUUUUCUCAUGGAAAAUUACUUGAGCUGAUCAGUACACACUAAGGAUGUCUCACUUUCCAGCAGGAUAAAGUCACUGUUCCAUAUGACAACUGACAUGUAGUGGGAGGAAGGCCGACAGCAUAAAGAUGAACAGGCUAGAUUUAUCCACUAAGUAGCAGUUACUGUACAAUGUUCGGUGAACUUCAGAAACUAUAACUACAAUUUAAGUAUUAUCAGAGUGAGGCCAAGGAGCCAAUUUUUACAAGUUACAGCCUGCUUUGGAUGUGGUCUCAUGAGCUGUCUGCUAGUGAAGAUCCUUGCUUCAGCUGUACCUGCAUUUACUCAUUCGUUCCAGCAAAACCAUAGGGCUUCAGCAGAUUAAAUAAAUAGUGGAAAGGUUGUUAUUAAUGAUCAGUUUUCCAGUCCAGUUAGCCACACAGUAGCAAUGUGAAUGAAUUGCUUUACUGGUAAAUUUAGAGGGAUGGUCACUUAUGCUGUCACGGCUGCCAGAAGACAAGCCUUUGAUAGGAGAGACUUCAGAUCACACAUGUAGUCAGUAUAGAGGAGGUAAUGACAAAAUCAACUUUAUGAUGUUUUUUGACAACUUUCAGGCUGUGGACUAGGUCUUCAUGGUAUGGUGUAUUUUCUGUUUGGAUUGAGAGGACAUUUAAGUUUUAAAGAACACUGAAUGAUGUUUUCGAAGCAGUUGGUCCAGAACCAUGAUUGACUCAGAAAUGAAGAAGAAGUAGGGCAGUUGAACAGAGGUGAGGGGAGGAAAAUCAAGAUUCUUGAACAGGUUACUGCAACAAAAAGUUUUUGAACAUGGGGUAAACUUUAGCCAGCUUCGUAACCUUCUAAAUAAUUUUAAAUUAGUUUAUUUACAGACUUCAUGAGUUAAAGGUUUUAAUGGGUGUGUCUUUAUGCACAAGAAGAUAGUGUGUUGAUUUUGCUCAGAACUAACUUUACUAGUCUCUGCAUUUUGCAGAUAAAACCAGGCUUAUUCUGCCCAGACUGAGAGCUGACUGGACAUAAUUCAGCUGCAAACCAGAAGCCUUGCACUCUGUGCAGGCAGAGGUAGGCCUUGUUUGUGUCAGCCCAGUGCAGUAAUAAGGCAGUUACAAGACAUCCAAUUCAGUGCUAGCUCGUUCCUAGGCUCUCUCUGUUUGGCCAGUGUAGACAUAAUCCCUGUAUGCUAAAAUAAUGUGGUGAUAGGACUGCCGUAACUCAUAGGACGUUAACUGUCUGCAAUCAAAUUCCGGACUCAAAACCCAUGAAAUUUGUAAGUUAUUUACUCCUCACUCAGAUUUAACGUUGCUUGUGCUUUAGAGCUUACCUGUUUUCUCCACCAAUAAAUUAAAAAUGUACAGCCUUAAAAUCAGAGUCUAGAAACAGAUGCAAUAUCUAUUUACUUUAACCAGCCAACACUGUCUACAUUAUCAACUGCAACAGAUAAAUUGAUUGAGACAUCAGUGAAAACACGUUUACAGAUGACAAGACAGUAAGCUUGUGGUCAUUUGGGGAACCGGAGACAAGUGCUACAGCUGGACUCUAGGGAGGUGCUUGUCACAAAGACAUUUAACGUUGCCUUCCCAUCAGGUUUGCCAGUGUUCUGUAGUUUGAUCAUGAGCUUCCAGGUGCCAUAAACAUUUUCUAAAUUUUCUGAAUGCAGGAAUGCUUUGACUUCUGCACUUUGAUUGUGCAGGAGAUAGAGAUUUUUUUACGAGAACUUGGAAAAAUCUCACUGUCAGAAUGUCACUUGAAGUCUUUGAGCGCUAUCUACCACAGGAAGGAGUGGGAAACAAAAGACUACAUGUGGCAGAAGCUGAAGAAGAUUGUCACUCUGAUUUGGUAAGAACCGAUGACAAUGAAAGAUCAGGUGAAGCAAAUCUUCAGGCAGAGCUCCAGAUGUUCAGAGCUCAGUGGAUGUUUGAGCUUGCCCCAGGUAUGAGUUCUAGUGGGUUGGAACCUCUGCCAUGCAGAGCAUCUUCAAGAGGACCUGGAGUAAAGUCUGUAGAUGCCAGAGGGAAACAGGAGAUAGCAAAAGAGGAAAAGGCAAAAGAACUUUUCCUGAAGGCAGUGGAAGAAGAACAAAAUGGGGCCCUUUAUGAAGCCAUCAAGUUUUAUCGUCUAGCCAUGCAACUUGUACCCGACAUAGAGUUUAAGAUCACCUAUACACGGUCCCCAGAUGGUGAUGGAGUUGGAAAGAGGUGUGUUGAGGAUAACAAAGAGGAUGACAAAAUGGCUGAUCUCCUGUCGGAUUUCCAGCAGCAGUUAACUCUUCAGGAAUCUUCAGUCAAACUCUGUCAGCCUGAGGUUGAUGUCAGCCAGACCCAUAUCUCAGUGUUGCCUAUGGAAGUACUAAUGUACAUUUUCCGAUGGGUGGUUUCGAGUGAUUUGGACCUAAGAUCAUUAGAGCAAUUAUCUCUUGUUUGUCGAGGAUUUUACAUUUGCGCCAGAGAUCCUGAAAUCUGGCAUCAAGUCUGUUUGAAAAUAUGGGGCAGGAGCUGCAAUAAACUUGUUCCGUAUGCCUCUUGGAGGGAAAUGUUUUUGGAAAGGCCUCGUGUUCGAUUUGAUGGUGUAUAUAUCAGCAAGACAAAAUACAUACGUCAAGGAGAACAAUCUCUUGAUGGUUUCUAUAGAGCGUGGCACCAAGUGGAAUAUUACAGGUAUUUGAGAUUCUUUCCAGAUGGUCAAGUUAUGAUGCUAACAACUCCUGAAGAUCCUCCAUCUAUAGUUCCUCGCUUACGGACUAAAAAUACAAGAACGGAUGCAAUCUUGCUUGGCCAUUAUCGCCUUUCCCAGGAAACAGACAAUCAAACCAAAGUAUUUGCUGUAAUAAUGAAGAAAAAGGAAGAGAAACCAAUUGACUACCACAAAUACAGGUAUUUCCGCCGUGUUCCUGCGCAAGAAACAGAUCACAGUUUUCAUGUAGGACUACAGUUGUGCUCCAGUGGGCGCCAGAGGUUCAACAAACUUGUCUGGAUACAUCAUUCUUGUCACAUUACUUACAAAUCGACUGGUGAGACAGCUGUUACUACUUUCGACAUUGACAAAAUGUACACCCCUUUGUUCUUUGCACGAGUGAAGAGCUUUACUGCAUUUUCAGAAAAGCCGCUCUAAGAAACACCUUUUCCUCUCCCAACUCUUGCAUGAAUAAAAGGUUGUAGCUAAUGAGCACUUAAGUUAUAAAUGUGUAUAUAUCUGGAAUAUUUUAAAAUUCUGGGGAAUUUUUUGAAGGCAGUAUGUUCUAUCUGAUUACGAAUGGCUGGGGUUUUGUUUUGAGAUCAAGCUUAGGAGUAUUAAACACCUUUACUUUGUGACAAGAAUUUGCUAACAAAGUUUUGUUGUUUGUUUUGGUUUGGUUUUUUAAACAGAUUUUUUUAAAUCAGUCUGCUUAAAAUGUAAGUCUUCGUCCGCCUGGACACUGGUUUGUCCAGAAGGAAUUGUUGUAGGAAAAUGUCACUGUCCAUGGGACAGUGUGCGUGGUCUCUGGUGAAGGCUUGAAAUGUGAAGGGAAGAAGGUUGUCUUAUAUCUGUUAAACUUUGUGACUUAAAAGAACUUCAAAUAAAUGUUUUCUUUAAAUUAAACUUAUUUUGUUUGCCUUUAAGAUCUGGCAUUUUGUCAACAUCAACCUUAAGUAAAAACAAUCAAGGGCAAGCAAACAUGAUGUAUAAAAUCUAACCGCAGAGGUACAUCCCCACCAAUGCAGUGAUGUCAGUUGGUCAUAAAUGUAUUUGAUCUUGAUAGAAGUUCAGUGGAGCCUGCCUUCUCGACAGGCACAAAGGGGAGAGGGAUACAGGCAGUGAGUUGUUCUCUUGUACCGUAGGACGAGUUUGCAGGGUACGUGGCUCUGCUUGGGAAGUGUCACAGUGCAGUAGUGACGUGCUGGUGUGUACUGCUUGUGCAUUGGCCAGGUCUGAAUGCGCAGGGAAGCAGGGUUCACUUGGAUGUGAUUGUAAUGUGUUCUAACCCUUCAUCUAACCUCGCUACAGAUGCUGUAAACCUUUCGAGCAUUUGUUGUACCAAGACAAAUUUUGAGGCUGCUGUAGAUGUUCAGGUGCUGUGUACUGCUAAUCAUGAAGUGUACCUUGAGGUUUGGUGCAGGUACUGUACGCUGCUUCUCCUGCAUAUGUCGCUUGGGGGUGUAGUGCAGACACUGUAAUGCCGCUUAUUAUAUAUGUAUCUUGGAUUCUGAAAGAAUUUAAGCUUUUUAGUGUAGUUUUUUUUAAAGAUAUUUUGCAUAAUUUACCUUUGAACAUCUCGUUUCCAAAUACUGACCUGGACUUGAGGACUAAAAUGUGAAAGCUGUGGAAAGAACUAUACUUGUUCCAUAAUUUAUAAAGUGUAUCUUUGCAAGGAGCUACAUGAUUAAAAAUACAUCAAUAAAUCAUGAUUUUGAACA